GUACUAGCUCAGCAGCCGAGCGUCGCGCGGGUCGCCGCGCCCGUCAAGAUCUUCGGCGACAUCCACGGCCAACUGCUCGACGUGCUGCUACUCUUCGCGACGUACGGCUCGCCCACCCAUUCCGGGGGCGACGUGCAGACGACUUCCUACAUCUUUAACGGUGACUUUGUGGACCGCGGAGCGCACCAGCUCGAGGUGGUCGUGCUCCUCUUCUCGCUCAAGAUCAUGUAUCCUGACCAGAUCUUCCUGUUGCGCGGCAACCACGAGUUUCGC